CUGAGGCCUAGUAAAUGAUUACACACAGCCAGAGCCGCCAGCUGCUCGCUCACUCUCAGCAUUCCUGACGGCAAAGGAAGAAAAGACGGUUAAAACACGAAGGAAGUUUUGUAACUUUCUUUAUAAUAUCAAGGAGAUAUUUGGGAUCAAGAAAAUCCUCUCAGUUGCACAAAAUCAAAAAUGGCAUAUAGUUGGCCAAGAGACCCAAAUGACGUUGACCCACAGGAAGAUGGAUAUGAUCACCAGCACUUUCACCAUGCAAACCAGUGCCUUUUUUCCCACCAAGUCAAACUGGGCUUUGAUGAGCUAGUGGAAGAGAUCAAUAAUAAAAACCCACUGUGUGAGAGUGACAAAGAAGAAAGCCCCCUUUUCAUGCUAGGUGCACCAAACUUGGCUUCAAAAUGGCAAUCCAUCCACGGAGCACACCCAAGACACUUGAAUGAAUUCACUUCUCAGAACCCUGACUUCUCCCACUUUCAGUAUGGAAAAACAUCAGCCAUUGGUUUUAAUCCCACUGUAUUACCUACUCAUCAGAUCACAGAUGAGGGAGACUCCUGGAGAAAUCCCACAGAAACAUAUCACAGUGCUAAGGAUCCCAGGUUUAAUACUCUAACUCAAUCAUCUACCGGCCUGGAUAAUCAUAAUUUAAAAAGACAACCAGGAAAUGAACAUCAUAAUUGCCAUAGAGAACUUGAAAGCAGCAUCCUCCCUCAUUUUUCACCAUACUCAAUGGACUCCAUACUCAAUAGAGACAACAAAGGAAGUGGAGAUGUGAGCCUCGUGGAACCUUCUCUGAUGUCCCCUAACGACCCCCUUCUACCCGGGGCAUGGGAGAGCACACUGCCGGAAAAUGUGGAGACAGUUGGUUGUUCCAUUCAAAUAGUUGAAGUACCUCAAGGGAGUAGCAAGAGCCUGGCCUCAUUUUGUGACAAAGUAAGAAAAAUAAGAAAAACAUAUAGUGCAAGUGACAAUAAUUCCAAUUCUGGAAAAAUCUGGGCAAUCACUACGGUUUACCCAUCCCAACUCUUCAAGGGCACCAAGUUUAGAGUAAAUGUUUCUAUUAAUGCGGCACAGACGCUUCAUCUUUUGCCACAAGCUAAUUAUCUUGUCAAAGACCUAAUUGCUGAAAUUUUGCUUUUAUGUGCAAAUGAGCAGCUUUUCCCCAAUGAGUAUCUUCUAAGAGUAUGUGGCUCUGAAGAAUUUUUACAGAUGGAUCACUGUUUAGGGAGCCACAAAAUAUUUCAGAAAAGUAGAUCUGUUUUUCAACUUUAUCUUCAGAAAAACAGAGACGUCCCAGGAAAGUUCUGCCGGAAGAGUGAAGAUGACCACAGUCUGUUUCAUCUGAAUCAGCUCCUAGAAUUUACACAUAUUUGGAAAAUAUCCAGACAAUGCCUUUCCACGGUAGUAAAGAAAUACAGCUUCCAUGUCAAAGAGCUGCUGGAAAAUCAGGAGGAUAUGGAGGAGAAGCAUUUGUCAGCCGUGUUUUCCAGUGCUCACAAUCCUAUCCAGACACAUGUGAACAAUAUUAUUGAAGAAGUUAAAAAUAUAUGCCGUGUUCUGGGCUUUGUUGAAACCAAGCAGGUUUCAGAUGCAGUGAAAAAUCUAAAUGUACUUCAGAAGAGACAACCGCAGAAUUUUCAUCAGAAAUCAGAAACUUCAGAAAAAGGCUUCAUGGAGAAAGUGACAGCUGAGCUAUCAAGGGCCAUCUACCAGCUCAUUGAAGUGUACUGCAGCAGCUUCUCCACAGAUUUCCAGCCUGGGCAUCCACCUGGAGGUGUCUCCAGCAGCCACGCUGGGCUCCAUUCCCACCUGAGCUUCACAGUGUGCAGCCUGCACAAUGUUCCAGAGACUUGGGCACACGGCUACAAAGCAUUUUCGUUUUCCUGCUGGCUCACAUAUGCUGGGAGAAAGCUGUGCCAAGUGAAAAGCUGCAGAUCCGUGCCAGUCACAAAAUCAUUCUUUCUUCUGGUCAACUGGAAUGAAAUAAUCAAUUUUCCUCUUGAGAUAAAGUCACUUCCUAGAGAAUCCAUGCUUAUUAUAAAAGUGUUUGGGAUUGACUCUGCCACCCACAGCACAAAUCUGCUGGCCUGGACCUGCCUUCCACUGUUCCCAAAAGAAAAGUCCAUGAUGGGGUCUAGGCUAUUCAGCAUGACAUUUCAGAGUGAGCCUCCCACAGAAAUGAUAGCUCCAGGAGUAUGGGAUGGGAGCCAGCCUUCCCCACUGACCCUGCAGAUAGAUUUUCCAGCUGCUGGGUGGGAGUACGUGAAACCUGAUUCUGAGGAGAACAGAACUGACGUUGAAGGACCACCAAGAGAGUGUUUAAAACACAUCACCAGACUGUCCCAGAAGCAGACUCCUUUGCUACUUUCUGGGGAAAAGAGAAGAUACCUGUGGUUUUAUCGUUUCUACUGUGAUAAUGAAAAUUCCUCCCUCCCUCUGGUUUUGGGUAGUGCGCCUGGAUGGGAUGAAGGGACAGUUUCUGAAAUGCAUGCCAUCUUGAGAAAGUGGACAUUUUCUCACCCACUGGAGGCACUUGGUCUUUUGACUUCCAGUUUUCCAGACCAAGACAUUCGUGAAGUGGCCAUUCAACAGUUAGACAGGCUCUUGACUGGUGAACUGCUGGAGUGUCUCCCACAGCUGGUUCAGGCUGUCAAGUUUGAGUGGAAUCUUGAAAGUCCCUUGGUAGAACUCCUGCUUCGUCGUUCCUUGCAAAGCAUCCGGGUGGCCCACCGUCUCUACUGGCUGCUGAGGGAUGCACAAGGUGAAGCCUUCUUUCAAAGCUGGUAUCAGAAGCUGUCGGCCGCUCUCCAGUUCUGUGUAGGAGAAGCCCUAAACGAUGAGUUUUCCAAGGAGCAGAAACUUGUCAAACUUCUGGGUGAUAUCGGAGAGAAAGUCAAGUCGGCCAGUGACCCUCAGAGACAGGAUGUUCUAAAGAAAGAGAUUGGCAGUCUAGAAGAAUUCUUUAAAGAUAUAAAGACUUGUCAUCUUCCUCUGGACCCGGCACUGUACAUAAAAGGAAUCGAUCGUGAUGCAUGCUCAUAUUUCACAUCUAAUGCUUUGCCAUUGAAGAUCACUUUCAUCAAUGCUGAUCCAAUGGGUGAAAACAUUGGUGUUAUUUUUAAGGCCGGGGAUGAUCUUCGGCAGGAUAUGCUUGUUCUGCAGAUUAUUCAAGUGAUGGACAACAUUUGGCUGCAGGAGGGCCUCGAUAUGCAAAUGAUCAUUUAUAGAUGUCUGUCUACAGGAAAAGCCCAAGGAUUGAUAGAGAUGGUGCCAGAUGCCAUAACGCUUGCCAAGAUCCAUCUCCACUCUGGGCUCAUAGGACCACUGAAAGAAAACACCAUCAAGAAGUGGUUCAGUCAGCACAACCACUUAAAGGAAGAUUAUGAAAAGGCCUUGAGAAACUUUUUUUACUCUUGUGCUGGCUGGUGUGUGGUAACGUUCAUCUUGGGAGUCUGUGACCGACAUAAUGACAAUAUCAUGCUGACAAAGUCAGGCCACAUGUUUCAUAUUGACUUUGGAAAAUUCUUGGGUCAUGCACAAACAUUUGGCGGUAUAAAAAGGGACCGAGCCCCUUUCAUUUUUACUUCAGAGAUGGAGUAUUUUAUUACUGAGGGUGGAAAAAAUACACAGCAUUUUCAAGACUUUGUGGAGCUUUGCUGCAGAGCUUAUAACAUUGUCAGGAAACACAGCCAGCUGAUCCUGAGCCUUCUGGAAAUGAUGCUGCAUGCAGGACUGCCUGAGCUAAGUGGAACUGAAGACCUGAAAUAUGUGUAUAACAAUCUGCGUCCACAAGACACAGACCUGGAGGCCACAAGUCAUUUUACCAAGAAAAUAAAGGAAAGUUUGGAGUGUUUCCCAGUUAAACUGAAUAACCUGAUCCACACUCUUGCACAGAUGCCAGCCAUAAGCCUUGCCAAACCAACCCCUCAGACUCUUCCCCAGGAAUCCUACAACCUGCAUAAAACCAGGACAAUUCAGAGAGUCACAAUAUUAGGGCUCAGCAAGACACACAGCAACCUGUACCUGAUCGAGGUGACCCUCAGCGACAAGAGGAAAAGCCUGACCCAAAAGUCAUUCGAGCAGUUUUCCAGACUUCACAGCCAAAUUCAGAAGCAAUUCUCGUCGCUGCCUCUCCCAGAGUUUCCUCACUGGUGGCACUUACCGUUCACAGAUUCGGAUCACAAGAGAAUCAGAGAUCUAAGUCAUUACGUGGAACAGAUGCUGAGUGGGUCUUAUGAAGUUGCGAAUAGUGAUUGUGUCCUUAGCUUUUUUCUCUCUGAACAUAUGCAACCAACAAUUGAAGACUCUCAACUUCUGGGUCUAGGUGAGAAAUAUUCAGACAAUAACCCUAAAGUACAGUUACUGAUGACAUACGAGGACUCGAAGCUCACCAUCCUGGUGAAACACAUGAAAAAUAUCCAUCUUCCAGAUGGCUCUGCGCCCAGUGCCCAUGUUGAGAUGUAUCUUUUACCACAUCCCAGAGAAGUUCGCAAGAGGAAAACAAAGUCUGUUCCAAAAUGCACUGACCCUACUUACAAUGAAAUUGUAGUGUAUGAUGAAGUCUUGGAGCUCCAAGGACAUGUCUUAAUGCUUAUUGUGAAGAGCAAGACCGUAUUCGUGGGAGCAAUCAACAUCCAACUCUGCAGUGUUCCCCUCAAUGAAGAAAAGUGGUACCCAUUAGGGAACAGUAUCAUCUGACCAAUGCCAUGAGCAUAUGCAUUAUUGAUCACGCACUUGCAUGUUUUUAACUUCAAAUUUCCUCUAUUACAUAAGCAAGACAUCUUUCUUGUGGAAGAUAGCGGGGUAUAAAGGAUACGGGAGAACCAGAUCAAAAUCAGUCUUUUGUAGCUAUGUAUUCUGUAUUCUUUCCUUGUUUUCUUAUCACAUUUUCUCAUUGGAGUAUUUGCCAUGUAAAAUUCCAUGUGCAAAAUAAUAAAAUGAUUAUUGAUUUUAAUAUACAUUUUGAAUCAAACAUGGGCUCACAUUUUUUCUUAAUUGCUGGUUAUAAUCAAAAUUAUACUUUCAAGAUGUUUUCUAAAGAAUGACAGUUAGAAAAAGCUCGUGAAUGAAUUUGAAAGCUAAGAACAUCUGCAAUUGAUUUAAAAUUUAAAUAUGUGUACAACCCACAUGUCUAGUCAUGAUCACUUUUAUUGAGAGAACUGGUGAGAUCCAGCCAUGUGCAAUAAUUUUUCUAUCAAGAAACUAAGGUUUUCUAUUAGAUUUUUUUCUUUAAUAAUUUCAUGCAUGGAUACAGUGCCUUUCAUUACUCUGGUCUCUCACCCUAUCUUAGUUCCUUCCCACUCCUAUCAAAAACCACUCUUC